AUGAUGUGUUGGAGUUUGUUUGUGGUGGUGUUGGGUGUGGUGGCAGCGGUGGGGGCUGACCCCAGCUACCCCCAACCCGCCCCCUGCUACCCCAAGACCCAGUACGUCACCCAGUACCAGACGCAGGUCCAACAGGUUCCUGUGUAUACGACUGUGUACAAGACCCAGGUCGUCCCCACCACACACUACCAAACCCAGUACCAGACCCAGUACGUGACCAAGUACCAGACCCAGUACCAGACCCAGUACGUCACCGAGACCGUCUACAAGACACAAGUCCAGUACCAGACCCAGUACGUAACCAAAUACCAGACCCAGUACCAGACCCAAUACAUCACCAAGACCGAGUAUGUCCCCCAGUACAUCACUCAGACCCAAUACCAAACCCAGUACGUUACACAGACCCAGUACCAGACCGUGUACAAGACCGAAUACGUCCCCCAGUACGUCACCAAGACCGAGGUGCAGUACAAGACCCAGUACCAGACCCAAGUGGUCCCUCAGUACGUGACCGUGACGGAGACCCAGCAGACCUACAAGACGGUCUGCCCCAAGCCCUCCUACGGCUACUGAAGACCCGGCCAUCCAGCCAGCAGACCCAACUGGUCUCCCUACGUCACCAAGACCCCAGCAGACCUACAAGACCCAGUCUGCCCAAGCCCUCCCACGGCUACUGAAGACCCGGCCAUGCAGCCAGCAGACCCAACUGGUCUCCCUACGUCACCAAAACCCCAGCAGACCUACAAGACCCAGUCUGCCCCCAGCCUCCCACGUCUAUAAAGUAGAUCUACAAAAGCCUCAACUCUC